UGUACGCGGCUGGAGCAGUGGAGUGGAGAGUGUAACGCGGCUCUGAGCGGAUUAAUAUGAAACAUUCAUAUGAAAUAUAACUCGUUUAAUUUCUCACAUCGUGGUUAAAGGUAGUUGAUUAACUUUGUUCUCGCCGGUGUCAGUGGAAACCGGAAAGAACCGAGGAACAAGUUUAUUGGUUGAGAGCUACAGGCUUAACAAAUCCAGGUGAUGUCUGACCUGGAUCAGACGCAGGAGGUCAGUGAGGCCUGCAGCCUGGAUGAUGACAUGUUGGACGGAGACCUGGGUGAUGGGGUGGGAGUCAGGUCAGCACCCAGUUCCAGUGGUAAGAGGAGCCAAAGCUUCACCGGUCUCUCAGAGACCCUGUACAGGCACAGCAGCCAGGCAGGAGAGCCAGUCUGGAUCCCUGGACUGAAGACUACAGAGACCCAGCAGAGAGUGCGCUGGACGCUGCCACGCUGUGGAGGCUCCCUGGUCGACCUGUCCAAAGACGAGCUCAGAGACAGACUGCAGGAAGCAAGUGAGGUGAUAGACGUGCUAUGCUGCGAGCUGGAGGUGGCACAUCGUUACUUUGAAGGCAAAUAUGAAGCUCUGAAGAUCCUGCAGGGAAAGGCCAUCCUCGACAAAGCCACGAUUCACACUAAAAGCCUGCUGCAGAAGAGUGAGGAGAAGGCCAAAGCUCUGGAGAAGGAGGUGAACAGUUUGCAGUGGGAGCUCAGCUUCAACCAGGUCCAGAUGAAGAAGUCUGACCAGUCCUGGGAGCAGAAACACAACAGGAUUGUGAGUGAGAACAAGACUCUGACUGACAACCUGCAGGACAGAGAGAGUGAGAUCCAGCAGCUCCGAGCAGAGAAUUAUGCUCUGAGUCGGCAGUGUGUGGAGCUUCUCUCCAUGUUGAAUGUUAAGGAGCAGAGAACUUACCAAGGAACCAAACCUCAGUACAGCCCAGAGAGAGACGCAAGUGUCCUGGAGCUGACAGUGUUGGGGGCCUGUCGGUGUUUUGGAGUUGCAGAAGCAUGUCCAUGCAGUCGAACUGCUGCUGCCAGCAGGAAGCAGCUCGUACAGCUGCAGCAGGAGCUUGAUGCUCAGCGGUCGAGGAGAGAGGAGGCAAUGAUGGUUGCGGACGCUUUUCGUAUCGCCUUUGAGCAGCAGCUGAGGAAACGAAGUGAACACUUCCUGCUGCUGGCUGAGGCCAACAUCCUGAAAUCACAUCACUACAAGGCUGAAGGUGCUAACAGGAGUCCUUUAAUCAGUGUCAGCCAGAGACUGAGAGGAUUGCUGCCUUCCGGUCUGGACUUGAAGUUGCCUGAUGAUCUUCUGGAGACUCUCUACAGACUGCUGGACUUGCUGAAUGAUAAGGAGGAGGCCCUGGCCCACCAGAGGAAGGUGAGCAUCAUGCUGGCUCACAGCGCUGAGGAGCUGCAGAGACAGCUGCACCUAGACUCACCCUGCCAGCCGUCAGAUCCGCCAGAGUCCAGCAUCCCAUCGAAGCAACCACAAGACCCAUCUAAGAGUCAGAGCCAGUCUCAGCAAUCAGCUAAAACAUCAGAGUCCGACGUCCAAGCAGAGCAACGACCGGAGCUGUCGGUCUCCCAGCUCCAGCUACAAGAACCACCAUGUCUGUCUGAGUCCAGGACUGAACCACAGGAGCUGCCAGACCCAUCACAGACCAGAGUCCAGCUCCUGUCUAACCACAAGAGCUGUGAGUCUGAAAUCCAACAGUCAGACCAAUCAGAGUCCUGAUCCACUAGACUCCAGACCUCAGCCACAGCAGCCAGGCUUUGACUGUGAGAGAAAGAAGCAAGACCUGGAUGUAGCAUGUGUCAUGUCACACUGAGGCUGAAUGUGGAAGGAUGUGAUCGGGCCUGACCGCUCACUGCUGUCCCAGCACCCAGAUGUGGUCCUGAGAGAGGAAGAGUAGGGACAGGCUGAGACCUUCAGCCCACAAGCGUCUCCGCUACGUCUCACAAACAGUUUUUUACUACGAUAUUCAGAUCAGCAAAAACACACGAAGCAGCUGAGGAUACUGUCCACCCAUCGGUUUCCAAACCUGAGGGGACGUUUCUGGACAAGCUGAUACUGAUGUAAAAAAUAAAUCAUGGUUCAGUUUGAAAGUCAGCAGUGAAGACCAGUGACAGUUUACCCAGUCAUGUGACCAGAGUAGGAGCAGGAAGAGUCCCUGUCAAUGUCUGAGUGACUUGAUAACUUCAUGUACAGUAUGUGUUUAUUAGGAAACAGAGAGGUGGUGUGACGUUGGAAGAAUGCUCUGGGGAAGACGAGCAGAUGGAUGAGUUUAUAAAAUGUUUUACGUGAUUGAUUUUUGUUCUUAGCCACAGCUACCUCCAGCCGUGUCAAUCACACACUCAGUUCAUCAGCUCUGAUGUUCCCUCUACUGAACUGUGCACGUCACAGAAUCACCAUUACAAUAUAAAUUAGACACUGUUUGAUUAUUAAUGAAUAUUUUAUUUAGCAGGUGAUAAAUUCAUAUUUAACUUGUGCUUUAAUAAACAAACAGGACACAGUGGCGAACAGACUGUGGCUUGUUUUUAGUCUAUUACAGUUUUUUUUACAGUUGUUAAAACACAUUUCUUGAAACUGUCAAUGCGUUACUCUAAACUGUAAAAACUACAUUCACCAAACUUCUUCUAAAAUCAAACAAUCACCUCAUCAUACACAAAGACAAUCCAAAUAAAAACACUACGAUCAUUCCUUACACACUACAGAGAAAAAUGUGUUCAGAGCAUGUAGCUCCAGAAGUGUUUAUUGUUUGUAAUAGAGUAAAGGCAUUUUAUGUUUUCUAAAAAAAAUAUUCACGACUCAGUAACAGUUACAGUGUUACGGACUGUAAGUUCUGUAAGCAAUGAAGUAUUGACUGUCUGGAUUCAGAACUUACAAACAGCAAAACUUCAGUAGCAAAAGGCAAAAAUCACAGGCUGAUCCGACUCCUGAUGUGGCUCAGUAGUGUGUCUGGCCCCCGUGUGCCUGUUUACACUCCCGACAACGUCUGCACAUGCUCCUGAUUGGUCGGCGGAUGGUGUCCUGGGGGAUCUCCUCCCUGACCUGGAUCAGGGCGUCAGUGAGCUCCUGGACAGUCUGUGGCGGUACUUGGCGGCGUAGGAUGCUCCGAUACAUAACGUCCCAUAGGUGCUCACGUGAGGGCCAGGCAGUGGCAUCAAUGCCUUCGUCAUCCAGGAACUGCCCACACACUCUGGCCACACGAGGCCGGGCGUGGUCCUGCAGCAGGAGGAACCCAGGGCCCACUGCACCAGUGUAAGGUGCUAACCUGCUCUCACCUUUGAAGAGAACUGGGUGCCAAUGGUGGACCUGCCGAUUCUGGUGUUGUCUGGUGAAUGCCAAUCGAGCUGCACAGUGCUGGUCUGUGAGCACAGGUCCCACUAGAGAAUGUGGGGCCCUCAUGCCACCCUCUGUCUGGAGUCUGUUUCUGACAGUCAGAAACAUGCACACCAGCAGCCUGCUGGAGGUCAUGUACCUGGACUACCUGUGCAACCUGAUCGGGCUGCAGGUACCGCCUC